CUCCCGCGCCCAAGAUGCCGCAGAAGAAGAAGCAGCUCAACCCGAUCAUCAUCAUCUCGCCCUCGUCGACCGCCAUGAUCACGAUGCACAACGUCAAGGCGUUUCUCGAGGAGGCCAGGUUCAUCCCGUCCGAGCAAGCACGAGCACAAGCCGCCGCCGAGAACGCCAACACGCCGGGCAACACGGUCGAGGACGUCGUGCUCGUCAACCACGCGCGGUCGUCGGCGACCUCGGCACCAGGCGCAGAAACGCGCAAGUCGCGCUACUUUGUCGUCGACAGCGUCGAGGCGCUGAGCAAGUUUGGCGGCGGCAAGCUCGACGAGGCGUGGGAGCGCGUCGUGUGCGUCAUGACGACGGGCCAGGAGUGGCAGUUCAAGCCGUACAAGUGGAGCGAGCCCAAGGAGCUGUUCCACCACGUCAAGGGCGUGUACCCGCAAUGGACGACCGACCCUCCCAACGCCAAGGUCAAGGCGUGGAACGUCAGCGAGCUCAGGGUCGACAAGUCGAAGCGGCACACGGACAAGUCGACGGUUGCUGAAUUCUGGCGCACGCUCGAGGCGUGGUGCGCGGCCAACAAGCCCUGGGUCGCGUACUGAGCAGCCGGGCUUUUUUCAGGUUUUUGCUUGCUCGGACCUGCAAUACGUGCAGUGAGUAGCUCG